AUGCUAAAAAUCCUUAUACCAACAUUCAUAUUAAUCCCACUUACCUGACUAUCCAAAAACCUAUGACUAUGAACCAACCUCACAUCAUACAGCCUAUUAAUUGGAACCUUCAGCAUUACACUUCUACAUCAAGACUCAGACCUAGGCACAAACCAUAAUAACCUAUUUUAUACAGACUCAUUAUCUAGCCCCUUACUAGUUCUAUCAUGCUGACUACUUCCCCUAAUAAUAAUAGCAAGUCAAAAUCACCUAAACAAAGAAAGCAUAAACCGAAAAAAAGCUUACCUGACCACACUAAUUAUUCUACAACUAUCACUAAUUACAGCUUUAUCAGCAUCAGAACUCAUAAUAUUCUAUAUCAUAUUCGAAACAACCCUUAUCCCCACCCUAAUUAUUAUUACACGAUGAGGAAACCAAAAUGAACGACUAAACGCUGGACUUUACCUUCUAUUUUAUACCCUAACAGGAUCAAUUCCCCUCUUAAUUGCCCUACUAUUCUUAUAUAACAAACUAGGAUCAUUACAUAUUCUAGCCAUAACUAUUAUAUCAACCACCCUAAAACCUUCUUACUCUAAUUCAAUCCUAUGAUAUGCAUGUAUAACCGCAUUCAUAGUUAAAAUACCUCUAUACGGCCUACACCUAUGACUGCCAAAAGCACACGUAGAAGCACCAAUCGCAGGAUCAAUAGUACUAGCAGCUAUUCUACUAAAAUUAGGAGGCUAUGGAAUUAUACGAAUAACAGUCUUUACCCAGCCCCUAACCACAAACCUUUACUACCCAUUCAUUAUCCUAUCACUAUGAGGAAUAGUCAUAACAAGCUUCAUCUGCUUACGCCAAACAGACCUAAAAUCUCUAAUCGCCUACUCCUCAAUCAGCCACAUAGCUCUAGUAAUCAUCGCUACUCUUAUACAGUCACCACUAAGCUUCAUAGGUGCUACAGCCCUAAUAAUUGCCCACGGACUGACAUCCUCUAUAUUAUUCGGCCUAGCCAACACAAACUACGAACGUAUCAACAGCCGAACUAUAAUCUUAGCUCGAGGACUACAAACUAUUCUCCCACUAACAUGCACCUGAUGAAUCUUAGCCACUUUAGCCAAUCUAGCUCUCCCACCAACUAUCAACUUCUUAUGCGAAUUACUAGUAAUCACCUCAUCCUUCUCUUGAUCAAACUUUUCCAUCAUCUUACUGGGUAUUAACACUAUUAUUACAGCACUUUACUCACUUCACAUACUAACAACUACACAACGAGGAAAACCUACAUACCAUACACAAACUAUUAAACCAACCUCCACACGAGAACACACCCUAAUAAUCCUCCACCUAAUUCCACUACUAACCAUCUCAUUAAGUCCUAAAUUCAUCCUAGGACUCACAUACU